AGUAUCGCUCUUUAACUAAAAGAGAUAAAUAAUUCGAAUUGAGAGCGCGCCAAACCAAAACUGAAAACAUCAUGCCCAGCUUGCUAGAAACAUGCAGGGAAUUGUUUGGAUCGGAUGAUUUAUAUGAAAUACUUGGCGUUAAGAAGGAAUCAUCAAACAAAGAUGUGAAAAAAGGAUACCAUAAGGUAUCUCUCAAAGUUCACCCAGAUCGGGUGUCACCUGAGGAGAAGGAGGAGGCAACAAAGAAGUUCCAGGCACUGGGGCGUGUCUACAGCACUCUAUCUGACGAGAACAAAAGGGGGGUGUAUGACGACACAGGUGAAGUUGAUGAUGAGAAUGAUGUCACACAGGACAGAGACUGGAGUGAUUACUGGAGACUUCUCUUUAAAAAAGUCUCCGUGGAUGAUAUCAAAACUUUUGAGAAAGAUUACAAAGACUCUGCGGAAGAACUGGAGGAUUUAAAAUCAGCCUAUGUGGAAUGUGAAGGGGAUAUGGAUAAAAUUAUUGACACUGUUAUGUGUGCAACCAUUGAAGAUGAACCAAGAUUUGCAAAGAUUUUGAAACUCUUAAUCAAGAAAAAAGAAGUUCCAGAUUUUCCGUCUUUUUCUAAAGAAGGAAAGGCAAAGAAAACUGCAAGGAAGAGAAAGCAUGAAGCUGAAGCAGAAGAGGCAGAAAUGGAAUCCAAAAAACUUGGACUUGAUGGCGAUAGUUCUCUGAAAGCCCUGAUACAGAAAAAACAACAGUCCAGGGAGGAGGCAGCUAACGAUUUCUUCUCACAGUUAGAAGCCAAGUAUGCCAAACCUAAAAAGAACAGUGCCAAGAGCAAACGAAAAAAGUGAUGGAUUGAAAAUACUACUGAUUUACAUAACCAUGGCUUUUAUAGAACAUAUUCCCUCAAAGUGAAGGGAGGACGAGGUCUAGUCAUGGGAUGAGGAAUGUUGUUUGUGUAAACAUUAAUAUUGUAGGAUUGUCUUUGUAAACAUUCUAAAAUGUGUCAGGAUUGUCUUUGUAAAUAUCAAUGUGGUAGGGUUGUCUUUGUAAACAAGACAUGAUGUGGCAAGAUUGUCUUUGUAAACAUUAAUGUGGUAGGGUUGUCUUUGUAAACAUUAAUGUGGUAGGGUUGUCUUUGUGAACAUUAAUGUGGUAGGAUUGUCUUUUUAAACAUUAAUGUGGUAGGAUUGUCUUUUUAAACAUUAAUGUGGUAGGAUUGUCUUUUUAAACAUUAAUGUGGUAGGGUUGUCCUUGUAAACAUUAAUGUGGUAGGGUUGUCUUUGUGAACAAGACAUGAUGUGGCAAGAUUGCUUUUGUGAACAUUGAUAUAACAGGAGUAUAUUUGUAAACACUAAAAUGGCAGGAUUAUCUUUUGCAGUUAAUUUAACCUAUUUUGUUUAAAUCAUCAUUCCUCAACUUAAAUAUCAGAAGAAAAUCUCUGAAUUCCCACUUGUUGUGUACAUAAAACAAACUUCAUAGUGUCUGUCAACAAAGGGUAUUCAUUCAGUUUCCUUUGUGUAAUGUAACAUCAGAGUCUGUACUACAUGUUCAGUGUGUAUAUAUGCAUUACAGCUGUGUCAGACAGCAACAAGAGGUUAAGCUUGAAUCUGCAGAACAGAUACUGAGAGUGACAGAAUGUCAAAAUAUUGUUAUGGUGCACUGUGACAUUUUUAUUCAUGAAUAAAUAAAUCAAUACAAGAUUAAAA